UCGUUAACCACAAGAUUGCAGUACAGUGGCUUGUUAUAUUUCCAAUUUGUGGAUGUGCUAGUCAAUUAAUGCACCUUCGUAAAUGUAUAUAGCACGUACAAUGUUAUUCCAGUUUGAUUGAACUAUUGCAAAGAUUUUCGAUCGAGAAUUUUCUCUUUCGUUACAAAAUGAUGAAACAGGGCACUUUUCACUGUAUCGUAAUAACGUUGCAUGAUCAUAUUUCUAAUUAUACAUUGGAAAUCUUGCAGACUUGAAAGUUGGAUUAAACAUGUAAUAAUUUGGCUAAUUUUAUGCUUGCUCUGUAAAUUUCUUCAUUAAACUAUUUGACAUUAUUUUAAUAAGUUUAUUAUUAGCAUUAGAAAAUCUGCAACUACUAUUAAGUAUUUAUUAAGUAAAAAUGAGUGCAAAUAAUAAUGCAACGGAAAGUGGACAGGAGAAAGUUCUAUCAGAAACUAAUGUGCAAACUGUCCCACAAAACUUGACUACGAUUCAGAAUAUACAGGCCGUUCAGAGUAUACAAAGUGUACAAAAUGCAAGUAAUAUUCAGAGUAUUCAAGCUGCGCAGACAGUUGCUGGACAAACGACAACAUUAGGAAAAUCCAUAUCCUUGGAACUUAAUUCUAAGCUUUUGAUGAAACCUUCGGUUCCUUCUAAUAUUGGCACAUCGGAAAACAAUAAAAUAACAACUAGUACGUUUUGCCCGGUUGGAUCUACAGUACGAAUAAUUGCACCGAGUAUGUUGAGUACGAUAGAUCGUCAGACUAAUCAAUCGCAAAUUCAGCAAACCACCCAACAGACGCAACAAAUUGUAACGAGCAUUCCGUCGACCUAUCACGUGCCUCGUGGGCCUGCAGCAGUAGCUAAUAUAUCAACACCAAGAGCUACCGUUGCGACUCCGCUAGUUAGGGCCAUUAGUACAGGCCAGCCAAUACCAAUAUCCAGAGCAGGGGUAAGCACGACAGCCUCCAACAGCCAAUGGCAGCCGAAGACAACCUCGGUGGUGUACGCACAGCCCCAGCGGCACCCUGUCCCAGUGGUAAACAGGCCGGCUACGAGACCCGUCGCGGGCACCGGUACCGUCUACGCGGGUCAGGCCCAGACCCAGGUCCAGUCUCCAGCUCAAUCUCAAGUCCAACAGCAGCAGCAAGCGCAACCGCGACUCGUAAGCCCGAGCCAAGUUGGUAGGCCCGUCCAAGCCACGGUUGUCACCGCCACGCCCUCGCGUCUCAUAGCCCCGGUGCUCCAGGCGCAAAACAACAUCGCCCGGUUGCCGGCCCCGACAAGGCCGCCCACGCCCCAGGUUGUCACGAAUAUACCCCAGGUCUCGCAAACCGGGAGGUCCGUCGCACAGUCGAUACAGCCUAAUCAAACGAGCAGAGCCAUAAGCAGUGCUCCAAUAAAUCGAAUUGCCGUGGCGGCUCCAGUGAUAGGUGCGCCAAAUAGAGUAGCUACAGUAACUUCUGUACAGACGACUGUUGGUCGGCAGUUAACCAUCAACACUGUCGCUGGCGCAUCCACUGGUACCGUUAGUCGUAUUGUCAUCCCGCAACAAGCCAUACAGCAGCAGCAGCAACAGCAGCAGCAACAACAGCAGCAACAGCAAGGGACGUCGCGAGUGGUACAGACGGUGACGCCCCUGACGAACUUUGGACAGGUUUCAAGGGUAAUCGCCACGACGUCGACGAAUGCGGGCGUCGCGGCAAACGUAACUCGCGUCGCCCAGACCGGACCCACCUCCGUCGCUCGUAUCACCAGCAUGUCCCUGCACCCGCUACCCCUUACGCCGGCACGCGUUACUCCGACGCCCCUCAAGGUCACUGCUCAGGCGCCCGGCAUCCAGGCUGUCCAGCUAAAACAAUCUACGGCGGCUAUACAACAACAGCAGCAACAACAGCAGCCGCAACAUCAAUCUCAGCAACAGCAGCCGCAACCGACCCCGGUUCUACAGAGGACAAUCGCUGGCGUAAACAAUGCUGUCAAUGCCACGUCAACGAGCGUUGCUAGCCAGCAAUCUGCCCAAGUGCAGGGACAGUAUCUUCAUCCUCCUCAUACAACUACAUAUUAUUCCAUCGAACCGUCGGGUACGUAUUCGCAGUAUCGUCAAACUUCGGUGCAACCAGUCCGUUUACUAGUUGAGCAAGGAUUUGAAGAGCCCCUUGGCAAACCAAAUGCCUCACCCAGGCCUAGUAUAUUAAGAAAAAGAGAUCACGAUAGUUCUCCAGGAAAAGCACCCGGGUCGCCUAAAGGCGACCGAGAUGGCGGUGGUGGAAAUCAAAGCUCGGGCUCGACGACAGUAUCAGCGACCUCAUCGCCGGGUCUUGACGAAGAACCCGAACAAUCACGUAUCACAAUUAAUCCGGCAGUCGAAAUGUCGCCACGAAAAAAACCGCGUAAACAACAGCUCACAGGAGUCGAACUCACCGAGUCGAGGUGCACCGAAGAGGAAAUGCAAUUUAUUACCGAAGAGAAAAUUAAGAAAGACAUUAAAGAGGAGUCGAAAGAUAAAUACAGCGAAAGAAAGCUCAACUCAAAUCUUCAGCAAGACUUGAAACCUCCACAAACGACACCCGUUAGAUCCAGACCGACGCCGAGUUUAUUAGGCACUUCUUGGAAGAAUCGUUGGGGUGGAAGAUUACAUCAUUACAGACGCCCGAGUGAUGUAAAACCCCGAGAAGAAAGAAGACCAACUGUUAAUGAAAUUGCGCAACAAAAACAUGUGCUGCAAAAAGUUAAUGGCUGGAAAGUUUAUCAUCUUACGUCGCAAAUGGAAGAUCUUGCUGAACUUGAAAAAUCUGUUCAUGAAAAAUUGAAGGCUACUUUGACAAUGUUGGAGUCCCAACAAACUAAAGGCAGGCAGGACGACAGCUUAGAGAGAGCAAAUGAACUGAUAAAGGGAAAUAUGCAGCGUAGUAGUUUAAUAAGUGAAGGCAUGAAUGAAGCACGUGUACAACUCACUGCAAUAUUUCAACAUAAAAACCACGUUUCAGACUUAUUGCAGCGAUGUGGUAAUAAGCGAGCACAAAAAAAGAGAUAAGUGAAUUUUCUCAAGUGGAAGAUCAAAAUAUAUUUAAUGAAAGACUAUAAAUACACGUGCGAAUUUUGAGAAUACGUUAUUUUUAUUAAA